CAUAAAGAGGCUUCCGUAGUUCUGCAUGCUGUUAGUAUCCAGCGCAGCAUCGUCACGUCCCGUCAGAAACAUCUUAACACAUUCUAAGACCUUUCAAUCGCUUCUCGGCAGAAAUUAUUCACCUUUGUGCCGAAAUUGAAAGCCGCUUUUUUUUGGUUUUUGUUUUCGGUUUCGAUUGUCGCGGUUUAGCUAGCAGGCCGAUGUUAGCACGCUAGCAGGCUAGCACGCUACAGCUAACUCACCUCAGCGUUAUAAGCAGACAUUUGUGUGAGCCAAAGUCCACGUUUGGGCUUUUUCUUUAGAGGAGACGCGAAUCAUCGAAGCAGCGGCACAAUGAACGUGGCGAAAAGUGGAUACCGAGUUUUCUCCGCUAACUCCUCCGCAGCUUGCACACAGCUGGCUAAGAAGAUAACUGAGCGACUAGGAGUUGAGCUGGGAAAAUCUGUUGUCUUUCAAGAGUCGAAUAGUGAGACGAGAGUGGAUGUGAAAGAAUCCGUCCGUGGACAAACUAUCUUCAUCAUCCAGACCAUCCCAAGAGAUGUCAACACCGCCAUCAUGGAGCUGCUGGUCAUGGCCUACGCCCUCAAGACCUCCUGCGCAAAGAACAUCAUCGGGGUGAUUCCGUACUUCCCCUACAGCAAGCAGUGCAAGAUGAGGAAGAGGGGCUCCAUAGUGUGCAAAUUGUUAGCGUCAAUGUUGGCCAAAGCAGGCCUCACGCACAUUAUCACCAUGGACUUGCAUCAGAAGGAGAUCCAGGGCUUCUUUUCUUUCCCAGUGGACAACUUGCGGGCCUCCCCAUUCCUGAUCCAGUACAUCCAAGAGGAGAUUCCGGAUUACAGAAACGCCAUCAUUGUGGCCAAAUCCCCAUCAGCAGCGAAGAGAGCUCAGUCCUACGCAGAGCGUUUGCGCCUGGGCCUGGCUGUGAUUCACGGCGAGGCUCAGUGUUCCGAAUCUGACAUGGCCGAUGGAAGACACUCGCCGCCAUGUGUGCGCAACACCACAGGACACACCGGACUGGAGCUACCCUCAGGCAAACAACAAGCUCCGUUCCCUGGCAUAGAGCUUCCAAUGAUGAUGGCCAAGGAGAAACCGCCCAUUACUGUUGUUGGAGAUGUGGGGGGGCGAAUUGCUAUCAUUGUGGACGACAUCAUAGAUGAUGUUGGAGACUUUGUCGCCGCCGCUGAGAUUCUAAAAGAGAGAGGCGCUUAUAAAAUCUACAUCAUGGCCACACACGGGUUACUUUCCGCCGAUGCUCCACGCCUCAUAGAGGAGUCUGCCAUAGACGAGGUGGUGGUGACCAACACCGUGCCCCACGAGGUGCAGAAGCUCCAGUGUCCAAAGAUCAAGACGGUGGACGUCAGCAUGAUCCUGGCCGAGGCCAUCCGCCGCAUCCACAAUGGCGAGUCCAUGGCCUACUUGUUCCGCAACAUCGCAGUGGACGACUAAGACACGCAAACAAAACGCUCGCCAUCUUCCAUGAAGACAUUUUCCACCUUAUACCCAGGUAUUUUUUUCCCUUGCUCCAGGGUUUGUAAAACAUGUCUUUCCACACCAGUGAUGUUGAAAAGGUGCAUGGUGUAGAUGUGCUUCUCGGUGUAUGCCUAUGCAGCAGGUGGCGCUGUAACACCUCUGGAAAAGGCCACGCAAAAUAUUAUAGACUGAUGAGUGGCUGUUUGGCCAGCUGGACUGAUGUGAGUGUCAAACAUUGGGAAUCACUACUGUAUCGUGACCAACAUAUGUAUUGGCUUUGACAAACUUGUGAAGGUAUUUGACAUGAAAUGACUGAGAAGUAGCAAGAUGUUAUGUUGGUCUUGGCUGGGUCAUGUGGUCUUGGCUGUGCUGCACUGUGAUUGGCUGGCAUUUCACCCAGUCUUGUUUCCCCACUCCUGCUCGUCGCCAUGCAAACUUGUCACUUUUUUGUUAACAUUGCAAUGUUUGGAUUGUCACGCGGGGAGAAACAGUUCAACAAAGAUGUAUAUUUUAAAAGGAGUUAAAACUCCAAUGUUGAACACUUAGAAUGUAAUGUUAAUUGAAUCGCCCAGCUGUGAUAUCAUCUUUCACCUUUAGUGUCACUGCAGACACUUUUCUUACCACGCUAUCAGCAGUUUGGUGUCCCGAUUCCAUAUUGAUAUCCGAUAUUAGCAAAAAAACUAAAGUAUUGGAUGAUAUCGGCUUGCAUCUAUAAUCUCAGAUACAAGCAGUCCUGCAGAGUGUUUACUUGUGUGUGAUAUCAUGUGCAAUACAAGCAGUCCUUCGGUGUGUUUACUUGUGUGUGUGAUAUCAUGUGAUACAAGCAGUCCUGCAGAGUGUUUACUUGUGUGUGAUAUCAUGUGCAAUACAAGCAGUCCUGCAGCGUUUUUAAUGUGUGUGAUAUCAUGUGCGAUACAAGCAGCCCUGCUGCGUGUUUAAUUGUGUAUAUCAUGUGAUACAAGCAAUCCUGCAGAGUGUUUGCUUGUGUGUGAUAUCAUGUGCCACACAAGCAGUCCUGCAGCGUGUUUAAUGUGUGUGAUAUCAUGUGCGAUACAAGCAGUCCUGCAGCGUUUUUAAUGUGUGUGAUAUCAUGUGCGAUACAAGCAGCCCUGCGGCGUGUUUAAUUGUGUAUGAUAUCAUGUGAUACAAGCAAUCCUGCAGAGUGUUUGCUUGUGUGUGAUAUCAUGUGCCACACAAGCAGUCCUGCAGCGUGUUUAAUGUGUGUGAUAUCAUGUGCGAUACAAGCAGUCCUGCAGCGUUUUUAAUGUGUGUGAUAUCAUGUGCGAUACAAGCAGUCCUGCGGCGUGUUUACUGGUGUGUGAUAUCAUGUGAUACAAGCAAUCCUGCAGAGUGUUUGCUUGUGUGUGAUAUCAUGUGCCACACAAGCAGUCCUGCAGCGUGUUUAAUGUGUGUGAUAUCAUGUGCGAUACAAGCAGUCCUGCAGAGUGUUUACUGGUGUGUGAUAUCAUAUGCGACACAAGCAGUCCUGUAUCAUGUUUACUUAGUGUGUGUGUGUGAUAUCAUGUGCAAUACAAGCAGUCCUGCAGAGUGUUUACUUGUCUGUGAUAUCAUGUGCGAUAUAAGCAAUCAUGCAGCGUGUUUACUUGUGUGUGUGAUAUCAUGUGCAAUACAAGCAGUCAUGUAGAGUGUUUACUGGUGUGUGUGAUAUCAUAUACAAGCACCCCUGCAGAGUGUUGUGUGUGACACAAGCAGUCCUGCAGGGUGUUUACUUGUGUGUGACAUCAUGUGCGAUACAAGCAGUCCUGCAGAGUGUUUACUUGUGCAAAGCUGGACAGCCAGUUAACAUUUAAAUGUCCUUUUAACAAGCGCCCACAUUUCUUCUAUUUUUACUAAAUUAAUUUACAAAAGGUAAACAUCCUAGGCACGAGCAGCUACACAGCAGCUAAGCACACAAUAGCACACCAGCUAGACAUAGGUAAUAAUAAUUGAACAAUAUUACAGUUUAAAACAGCACAUUUGGUAAAAAAAAAAUAAAAAAAAAUUAUUAAAUCAUUAUAGUUGCAUAUUAGUCUUUAAAGAAAGUGUAUUAGAAAGGAUCCAGUAACAAAAGUGUCCGCAUCAUUCAACUUACUGCGGCAUGAGCUUAACUUAGUUAUUGCGACAACGAGGUGUCACCAAACGAAACAAUUACCACGUCUCUUUAGUUAAAGUCCAUUCCAGACAGUUAAUUAUAAACAUCUUAGUGUUUUUCAUACCUACCAAACUUCAAUCUUGUCUAACAUUUCAUGCUUCAAGAUAAUAAAAGUGUGUAUGAGUCGUGCUGAUAUCACAUCGAAUCACUGUCGGUGUCAGCCAAUACUCGAUAGUCCAAUAUCGGUAUCGGGAGUGAACAAAUUGUAUCGGGACAACCCUAGUCUUUAGCGUCAAGGCUGCCGGUGUGUUGAUCUGUUAGCAUUUAGUUUUACCUUCCAAAUGUUAUUUUCAGAAGUCUUCUGAAUUUUUUUCUCUGUUUAAUGUUGAAGCCUUUUUUUUUUUUUCUUUCAAAAGUUGAAGUGAAAAGAGUUUUGAUUGUGUGAAAGCUACUUUGAAGAAAGUCCCCCAGUUUGACUGCAUUUUAACUCGUUAGCAGUUGUGUCUGUGUAUAUGACGAUGAAUAAAAAUAAAGGCCCAAGAAUGAAA